AUGUCCUUCAAUAUCCCCAAGCCCCUUGGCAGCGACACCCGGGCACCGGUGCCGCUGCUAUCUGUCGACAUUGGCUCGGAGGAGCCCCCCCAGAUGCCGUCGAUGCUGGCACCGUCGCUCCACCCGCUCCCGCUGAAGACGAAAGCAAAACGAAAACCGCCUCCCAUCGACUUCGAAAAAGUCCAACACACCCCCGUCGAUGCCCUGGAGCCAGUACCGAAACCCCACCCUUACAACAUGCUCUACGAUCACCCGCCAAUGCCCCCGGCCCCGCACGCAGAGACAAUCCAAAACGUCGACGCCAUCGAGCUGCUUACUAAUUUGGGUCCCGACCAGUGGCAGCAGCUCGCCGAAUCGCAAGCCAUUAAGCCCAUUGCCACCUUAGGCGAGGGCAGCGGCGGGCUGGUGCUGAAAUGUCGCCUAGGCCGCCACAUUUUCGCCCUCAAGCUCAUCAACUCCGAUCCCAACUCCGACAUCGAGAAGCAGAUCGUGCGCGAGCUCCAGUACAACCGGGCGUGUCUGCUGCCGUAUAUCGUCCAGUAUUACGGCACGUUCAUGUUGCCCCUGCUGCUGCAGAUCGGGAUUGCCAUGGAGUAUAUGGCCGGUAAGCUGUUGGACGCCGUGUACAAGCGGGUGAUCGAGAUGGACCCCACCAAUCGAGUCAACGAGCGCGUGCUCGGAAAGAUCGCUGUCGCCGUGCUCAAUGGCCUCACGUAUUUGCACCAGCAGCGCAUCAUUCACCGUGACAUCAAGCCGCUGAAUAUCCUCUUUGACGCCGAAGGUAAUGUGAAACUCUGUGACUUUGGCGUCUCGGGCGAAGUGGUGAACUCGUUGGUGACGACAUUUGUCGGUACCCAAUACUAUAUGGCUCCCGAAAGGAUUUUGGGCAAGCCGUAUCUGGUGACGCUGGACGUGUGGCUGUUAGGGCUCACGCUUUUGGAAGUGGCCCUCGGCAGGUUCCCGUUCAACGAACAAGGGAGCGAUCUCGCCAACAUGGCGCCGAUUGCUCUCGUCAACCUCAUAUUAGAGUACGAGCCUCGCCUUGUCGACCAGCCGGACACUGGCAUCUACUGGAGCGACUCGUUUAAGAACUUUAUCGCCUACUGUCUACGCAAGAACCCUGAGGAACGGCCGCUGCCGCGACAGAUGCUCCAGCACCCGUGGGCGCAGGGCCAGGCCAAGCUCGCGGUGCCCAUGGACAAGUUCAUCCAGCGAUUGUGGGGAUAA